GCAGCGCUGAGAGUACACACACACACACACACACAUGCAUUGCCUAACGUCCUGUAGCGCGCCCUUACGCUAAUCACUAGCGCAAACGGUAAACUGGAAAGUGUGUGUAUUUCUGAGGAAAAGACGUCUCCUUUAGAAUUUGCUACAAUAAGUUGCGUUUUUUUUUCGACGGGAGAACCGCGGAUAAGCCAACGUGAAUGACACAGAGGUGGGACUUUUCGGCUGCCAUGGAGACACAGACAAAAUUUGAGAGGAACUAGCAAGCUAUGACUGUUUGCUGUGGACGUAGACACCUAGCCCGCUAGCUAAGAAGAGUUAACGCUAGUCUAGCUAGACUUUUAACGGAGCUGGCUGAAGUUUAAGAACUUUUCGGGGAGCUCAUGAGAACUGAAUGAGCUUAUUUAUCUAGUUAGCUGGAAAAUCUAAACUGGAAUGAAGACGUGAUGCAUAACUAGGUGUACCAGUGCAUCAUAUUGCCCUGCGCAGGAAGUGGUAUCAGCACGCGGAUCUUGCCUGACACAGCUCUGCAGUAGCAGUAGUGUGUGGGGUUUUUUUUGUUUUGUUUUUGUGGUUCCUGAGUCUCUCUGGACAAUUGUGUGCCUUUGCCCAGUCCCCUGCCACAUUUUCUCAAAAUCAUGCUACUGAAAGAGUACCGCAUCUGCAUGCCCCUGAGUGUGGAGGAGUAUCGGAUAGGACAGCUGUACACCAUCAGCAAGCACAGCCAUGAAGAGAGUGACAAGGGGGAAGGCGUGGAGGUGGUGCGCAACGAGCCGCAUGUGGACCCUGUACACGGAGAGGGCCAGUUCACAGAGAAGAGGGUUCAUCUGUCAAGUAAGCUUCCCAGCUGGGCUCGUGCUGUUGUUCCCCGUAUUUUUUACAUUACCGAAAAGGCCUGGAAUUACUACCCAUAUACAAUAACAGAAUACACAUGCUCCUUUCUGCCAAAGUUUUCUAUCCACAUAGAGACAAAAUAUGAAGACAAUUGUGGGAUCAAUGAAAAUAUUUUCAGUAUUGAGAAAAACAGCUGCGAUCCAGAGGUGUGCUUCCUGGACAUAGCCUUUGAUGACAUCCCAGAAAGGCAUUACAAAAGCUCAGAGGAUCUCAGGUGCUUUAAUUCUGUAAAAACAGGACGAGGACCCCUGAAGGAAGGAUGGAGAGAGAACAGCCAGCCAGUAAUGUGCUCUUACAAACUGGUUGGAGUCAAAUUUGAGGUGUGGGGCCUUCAGACCAGAGUUGAACAGUUUGUACACAAGGUCAUCAGGGAUAUCUUGUUGGUUGGACACCGACAAGCUUUUGCCUGGGUAGAUGAGUGGUAUGACAUGACCAUGGAUGAGGUGAGGGAGUAUGAGCGGAACACUCAGGAAGCCACCAACGAGAAGAUUGGCCUGGUAACGCCCACCAUCUCUAUCCACGAGGUGGCACACUCAACCACCACAAGGAGCGCCCCUGCCAGCGCCCCGUCUACGCCUGUUAACGGAGACCCGCCUGAAUUCCUCAGCGUGCCCAAGGAUCGCCCCCGGAAGAAGUCUGCCCCAGAGACUCUGACCCUGCCGGAGCUGCGGGAGCGUGCCCUUCCAAAAUAACAUUCCCACGCAAGCACACGCGAUAUUUCCACGUAAUUCCCUUCCUUUUUAAUGUUUCUCAUUGUAUUGGCCGCAAGCCAAUAAACCAUCAGUCAUUGAUCAUCACUUUUUUUCUUUUGACUUUUAUCCUAAAAAUUCUUUGACUGUUUUCUUUCAGCUUGUGGGCUUGAUUUGCAAGAUGAUGCAAACAUGCACAAGAAAGACUGGUUGGGUUUUGUUAUCCUUUUAGCUGUAUUAAUUGUCAUGUAAUUUCUGCAGGGGCAUGGCAUGAUUUGAACUGGCUCUCUCUGUAGGUUGUGAAAUUGCAGGUGGUAUUAUGGAGUGGAGGUUCGCUCCUGGUUGGGUAAGGUGGGUGCGAGAGAAGUGCCUCUGCUUGUAUAGCCGCAUGCCAAGAGCUGGGAGAGAGGCUGUGGACAGUGCAUAUCCAGGAGCCCCUUGACUCUUGAUGCUUGGCUUCCCUUCAGUUGGUACCUACCUUGAGAAGAUGGUGAAGAAAUGCCAAGGAAAAAAAAACUGAAUUUAAUACUGUUCAAAGGCUUUGAGUAAAAGCCUGUUUGUUCAUGUCUUCUGUUACUGUGGCAAACUGUAGACGAUGCAUGGUGUCUCUGCAGCCAUAGGCUUUGGUUUUCAUACAAAAUGUCAUGAGACUAAAUGAAAUUGCCUUUGUUGGAGAUGAGCCAAACUACUGAACUGCAUUAAGUGAUUUAAGAAUAUUAAAAAUAUGCCA